UCCAGCACAGGGAGUUUGGGGUGUAUCUUCUCAACGACAACUACAGGACCAACCUGGCCAGGGCCAAACUUAUUGAUAAGUGGUUUAAGACCGGCGGUGUCCUCCUGAUGGGGUAUGAGAUGUACAGACUGCUCAUCUCUAAGAAGAUCAUGCUGACUAACAACAAGAAGAGGAGAGGCAAGCAGCCCAAGGACAUGGAGGUCAUUGACCUGGAGCAGGAGGACACCAACCUCGCUAUCUUACAUGGAGUCCACAAGGCCCUAGCCAGACCAGGUCCAGACCUGGUGAUCUGUGACGAGGGACAUCGCAUCAAGAACGCUCACACCAGCGUAUCACAAACACUCAAGAACAUCAGGACUAAGAGAAGAGUCGUGCUGACUGGCUACCCCCUACAGAAUAACUUGAUGGAGUACUGGUGCAUGGUGGACUUUGUCAGGCCAAACUUCCUGGGCACACGGCAGGAGUUCAGCAACAUGUUCGAACGACCCAUCCAGAACGGGCAGUGUAUAGACAGUACUCCAGAGGAUGUGAGAUAUAUGCGGUAUCGGGCACAUGUUCUUCAUAGUUUACUGGAGGGUUUCGUUCAAAGGAGAGGCCACGCGGUCCUGAAGUCGGUUCUCCCGCCCAAGUUCGAGCACGUUCUGCUGGUCAGGAUGUCGGCCAUUCAGCGCCAACUGUACGCCAAGUUCAUGACCGCCUUCAGGGAGUCAGGCGCGGCUGGCUGGAGCAACAACAACCCGCUCAGGGCCUUCUCUGUCUGCUGCAAGAUCUGGAACCAUCCAGACAUAUUGUACGAGAUUCUGCAGAAGAAGAUGACAAACGAUGACCUUGACAUUGAGGACGCAGAAGGCUUAGGGAACAAGUCAAGGUCAAGGUCAAACACCCCGACCCUCCCAGAUGGGUCCAAGAGGUCAGGGUCACCGGCAGUACCAUUGAUAGCUUCAACCUCAGGGGUGACAGAUGAGAACAGUAACAGUAACAGCAGUCUGAAGGAUCGCAGGUUUACUCCGGACCUGACAGCGUUCCAGGAGAAAGCCAACCAGGGCACCAACUACAGCUGGGCGGAGGACUGCAUGAAGGACUACAGCCCCGGUGUACUGGAGAACGGAGGCAAGAUGCUGCUGCUCUUCAAGAUCAUAGAACAGAGCAUCAGGGGAGGAGACAAGCUGCUCAUCUAUAGCCAGAGUCUGAACACCCUGUCGCUGAUUGAAGAGUUCCUGGCUAAAACCCCGAUGCCAGAACCUCCGUCAGGCUUCCCUCACAACGUACCUCUCAGAUGGGCCAAGAACAAGACAUACUACAGGUUGGAUGGCAGCACAUCAGGGCAGGACAGGGAGAAAAUGAUCAAUCAGUUCAACGCCCCCAACAGCCCAACAUGGCUGUUCCUGCUCUCUACAAGGGCUGGUUGUCUGGGUGUGAACCUAGUGGGAGCUAACCGCGUGGUUGUGUUCGAUGCUUCGUGGAACCCAUGCCAUGACUGCCAGGCUGUGUGCCGCGUGUACCGCUACGGGCAGACCAAGCCCUGCCACAUCUACCGCCUGGUCACGGACAAGUCCCUGGAGAAGAAAAUCUACGACAGGCAGGUUAACAAGCAGGGCAUGUCAGAUCGAGUUGUAGAUGAGUUACAACCAGAAUCCAACUUCACCAGGAAGGAAGUAGAAGACCUCUUUAGUUAUGAUGAUUCAGACCCUGUGUACGAAGACUUUUCCCAGGAUGCAGCUAAGUUUGCCGACCCCAUCCUGCAGGACAUCUGUACAGAACACAGCAGACUCAUCACCAAGGCUCCAUUCCAGCACGAGUCCCUGCUGAUCGACAGGAAGGACCACAAGCUGACCAAGGCGGAGAAGCGAGCGGCUAAGAAGAGCUACGAACAGGAGAAGCGCAUGAGCAUCAGUAACUACUCCCGCCCAUCCUACUCCGCCUUCUACCCACAGCAGCAGGCAGCGGGGACACCUGGCAGCUCGGGAGGAACUGCAUCCAUAUCCAGCCUUAUAUCGUUUGCCAGGGCACAGACAGGAAUGCCUCCGAUGAUCCACCGCCCGGUGGCGAACGUGCGGCCGAUCCAGUCCACGCCAAUCCCGAUGCAGCCUCGGACGUCCGGCAGCAGCGAUGUGCAGGUGUUCCAGCGCGGCGGCCACAACAUCAUGGUCAACCACGUCAAGACCACCAUGGACAUCCCCAUCCCAGGCAGUGCCAGUUCCAGCUCCUCGGUACAGAAGAUCCCGGCCGGCACGCAGAUCACAGUGAUCCGGACGCACCGCGGCAUGUACAUACGCACCAACGACGGCAAGAUCUUCGCCGUAAGGGCGGGAGCGCCAGGAAUACCUGUCCAGCCCAGCGGGCCAUCCCUGUCUGCCACUGCGGUGAACGAGGCCCUCAGCUCUGCUACUGCCUCCUCUGCGCCUGCUGCUCAGCCUCUCGGCCGGUCCGCGGCCACGUCAGCUCCGAUGGUCAGCGCCCUGCUGGCCGGCACGCCCGCCCUGGACUCGCCUGGACUCGGACGUUCGUCUCCCGUGACAACAACAAGCACUACAACGUCUGGCAACAACGUGGCGAGUUCAAGUUCGUCAGAAGCUUCGGGGACAAGGCAAGGACACGGGAGCGCGUCUACUGCAGAAGUCUCGCCGUUUCUUACUACCACGUCGAGUAAGGAGGCAUCUGCGGAUGGUAAACAAGAUGGGAACAGUAGCGAAGCCGACAGGAGCGCGACGCAGAGACCAGAGUCCACGGGAGGGCUGAGUUCGGGGAGCUCGCAGUCCCGUCCUGCGAGUCAGAGCCUGGACCGGACGUCCCCGAUCUCUCAGGCUGCCGACAGCAGCGUACCGGCCGUUACAUCGUCCGGAGUUCCCCCCUCCAUCCCGCAGCUAGCCUCCACCACGCAGCAGAGCAACGGGGUUCCUAACUUCUCUUUCCCCACCCCGGCCCCGAGCCAGCCUCUCAACAUGAACAUGAACAUUCCAGGCGUGGGGAACAUCUCCCCCUCCCCCUUACAGAACCUCAUGACCUUCGUCCCCAGCUACCUCAAUCCCGGCUCCACCCAGCCCCAGCCCGGCAUGAUCCCCGCGGGCAUGUACAACUACCCGGGCAUGAUGCCGCCGUUCGGUUUAGUGGCGGCACCCCUGCCGUUCCUGCCCUCCGCCCCACCCUCCAACAUGCAGGCAACGCUGGGUAGUGCUGUUCCACUCAGCGGGUACCCUCCCCAGCCUGGCAUGGCUGUUCCAACUACUAACACAACCUCCACCAGUACCUCUCAGGAGGUGCCUAAAAGUACAGAGGACAUGAGAUCGUCACCGUUCAACUUUGAUGACAUUGUCCAGCUUGACUGAAUCAGUUGCUAAAAAACUGGAAUAUUAGAUAAUUAGUCCUGACCAUAUCAACUGGCAAGGAUUUUUGCAACAAACUUUGCAGAUUUUGAGGAAAACAUAUAAAAUGAUAUCGUUUGAACUGGCCAUGUAAUGCAUUGACAACUUACCCGUAAUAUCGUGUCUUUUGUGCUCAAUGUUGUACCUCAAUGUGCUGGUAAGUAUAAUGUAAACAAAGCAUUAACCCUCUUCCUACUGUAACCAAGACAAAUUUAGAUACAUGUACAUAGUAGGGAGAAGGUUAAUGUACAACAAUCUAACUCAUCUAGUGUAGUUAACCUUUAUCAUACCGAAGGCCAACAUUCGAUCUCUCACAAGGGUCGCUUAGUGGUGUACACAUUGGAAACUAAAAGUCAACAUUGUGGCUGUGUUUUACUGGUAAUUUCUACUUUCUAUAACUUGUGGUUAGCAAGAGGGGAAAUUUUUCACAAACACUUAGUGGUAUACGAUAAAUCAUUGAUCCAAUACAUAUUUUGAAGGUUGAAAAAAAAAUGAGAAGUUUAUAUCGAACACAACAAACAUUGUAUUUGUGAAGGGAAAGAUGAUACUAAUUAUGAGGACAUCAUGUAAAUACAUGUGUAUGUGUGUAGUGUACUAUUACUGGCUACUGUACCAUAUGUUUGGGAAGAAAUAUAUAUUCACUUAUGAUGAACUAAUAUUUGUUUAAAGUUAAAACUUUUGUUCCAACACAAA